CGACUGUCCCCGACGCGCAUCGCGCUGGAAAUCCGAGCAUCGGCCGUGAUGCCCUCUUAUUUCUACCACCUUGCGAUCGAAUUGUUUGCUCGCCCCCAGUCCGACCUCAAAGGCGCCUGUCCAGGCGUGGACAAGCACGCCACCACCUCGCUAUCUUUUGACUCCGCAUGUGAAGCUCUCCUCCCAUUCCAGAAGCGCUCACGACACUCCAGCUGGGCAAAUCGAUCCUCUCGCCAUCAAUCGAAUGGGAAAAACCAUCGCGCCUUGCAGAACCCCCCCGAGCCCCGCAGUGCAGACACUCCAUCUCCCACACCAGACACCACUACCCCUCACCUCUACACGAGCUCGCCAACCAGCGCAUCCCUCUUCGAAAAGGACUCCAGAUUCGACAAAGUCUCGAUCGAGUGCAUUGAUAUGAUCCCAUCCGAACAAGAUUCCGCGGCUACAAAGCGCACCGGCUGGCGAGAUCCACGGGACAACCCCGUCGCGACGGGCAUUGGCACCGAUAUCCUGGGUGGUCUGCGCACCAAAGGGAAAUACAUACCGCUGGACCAGAGCACGUCGGCGAGCGUUUGGGGAAUCGUACACCUUUACCGGGAUGCACAGGAGACGCCGUUUCUCAUCGAGGAUGAUUACCCCUCGUACCUGAAAGGUUCCGCUGCCGCAGCGAGACAACAAUACGAUGAGUUGGGCGGAAGUACAAAGCUGUCGCGCGCGGAGGACCAUAUGCCGGACGAGGAUUGCACGACACUCUGCAUUCUAGCUAUUCCGUCCUACAUGUCGCCGUCUGAUUUCCUGGGGUUUGUGGGCGAGGCUACGAUGAAUGACGCUAGUCACUUUCGGAUGAUCAGGACUGCUCGUGCGAAUCGGUAUAUGGUUUUGAUGAAGUUUCGGAGCGGGAAGAAGGCGAAGGAGUGGCAGAAGGAGUGGAAUGGGAAGGUGUUCAACAGCAUGGAGCCCGAAACCUGUCAUGUUGUCUUCGUGAAAACCGUCGAGAUCCAAGCCGUUCAGCCGGAACAAUCUGGCGGUUCGCAGAGCGGACUGCUUUCCCCGCACUCCGCGACGAGUCCUGUGCGCACGAAUCCAUCCUCGACUGCCCAAUCGAGCGCUCUAUCCUCAGCCACUCUUUCGACCCGACCCUUGGCACCACCUACACCCGCACUGAUCGAACUACCCACCUGCCCCGUGUGUCUGGAACGCAUGGAUGAGACCACUGGCCUGCUGACGAUUAUAUGCCAGCAUGUCUUUCACUGCACAUGCCUACAGAAGUGGAAGGGAAGUGGCUGUCCCGUGUGCCGAUACACCCAGGAUGACUUCCGACGGACCAGCCAGGGCGAGCCGUAUGGAGAUGAAUCGGCCGAAUGCAGCGUAUGCCACACGGACGAGAACCUCUGGGUCUGUCUCAUCUGCGGCUGCGUCGGCUGCGGACGCUAUGACGGAGCGCACGCCUUCGAGCAUUACAAGGAAACGGCGCACUCGUUCGCCAUGGACCUCUCCACCCAGCGCGUCUGGGACUACGUAGGGGAUGCGUAUGUCCACCGCAUCAUCCAAAGCAAAACGGACGGCAAGCUCGUGGAACUCCCCGCAGCGGACAACAGCGCGCUCGACCCGCCGGACUGGACGGACGCCGUCCCCCGAGAGAAAUGGGAGAACAUGAGCGUGGAAUACACCCAUCUACUAACCAGCCAACUCGAGAGCCAGCGUGCCUAUUUCGAAGAGGUGGUCGAGCGUGCCGUCGACAAAGCAUCCCAGGCGAGCACAGCCGCGUCUUCCGCGCAGGAAGCCAUGGAAAAAGCCACCGCGGGCCUGCAAACCCUACAGGCGCAGUGCGAGAAACUGACGAAUGAGACCAUCCCCAGCCUUGAGCGUGACAAGGCCCGGGCCGACAAGCGCGGGGAAAAGUUCGAGAUGAUGGCGCGCAAGAUGGAGAAGGAGUGGCGCGAAGAGAAAACCAUGAACCAGAGCCUGCUGGAGCGGGUCGAGCUUCUGCAGACUGAGGUUGAGGGCCUCAAAGUCGCGAAUGCUGACCUCACGGAGCAGAACCGGGAUCUCACCUUCUUCAUCAGCGGGUCGGCGCGGCUGCAGGAUCAGGGCGACGAUGUGGUGCAGGGGACGGUCAGUGUGCCUGAGCCCGAGAAGCCUAAGAAGAAGGGGAAGGGGAAGAGGAAGUAGCAUGGUGUUAGGAUCGGCUCGCUGGGUUCGAGUCCCUUGGUCUCUUUAUGGGGCUUGGUGAGGUUGUGUCGCAUGCACAGACUGCCUACCUGCAACAUACUGACUGGGUUUUGCUUGCUGACUCGAAUCACUCAGGUAGCAUACAGAGUAAUCGCAUACUUGAAUAAACCAAUAAGUCAAUAAAAAAACCCCGAAUUUCCCUAAUGCAAUGCAAACGUAACCCGUCUAUGUAUCAUACAAUCG